AUGUUAGAAAAAAAGUUUGCUGACAUUGACAAGAAAUUUGAGAAUGUUUUAAACAAGAACAAGAGGAAGUUAGAAAAUGCUCAGAUAAAGCCUAUACAUGAAAAGUUCUUAUUUGCUCAGAAUGGUAUAACAGGUCUAAUUGCACCACCUGGGUCGGGUAAGACUUUCACUUAUCUUAAAAUGGCUGCACAACAACAAGAACUAGAUGAGAAGAACCCAUUCUAUGAGUUAGUUGUUAUUUGUAGUACUUCUGGUCAAUUUGACCAAACCGUCAAUUCGUUCAAAGAUAUUAUAAAGAAGUCUAAGUUAGUAUGUAUAAAGGAUACUGAGUUGUUAGAUUGGAUAAAGAAGUACCAAAGAAGAGUUUUGAAGUACAAUGCUAUAAAUGAGUAUAUAAAUUCGAAGUUUAAAGACCCAAAUGAGGAAAUGCAGAGAAUAUUAGAGAAGAAACACUUCAGAAACAAACAGAAAGAGAUAGAAUACAUUUCGAAGAAAUUGCAAUCUUACGAUUGGAAGACUUACCCUCAUAGAU